AAAUUGCCGUCACUCGGGGGCUCCAAGCCAACACGUGGUGACAGAUCUGACAAUAAUGCCAACAAUUCGACCAUCAACAAUAUUCGCGACAUAAUAUUGGGCGAUCCCGUCAACACCAGUCCACAUGUCGAUGGAUAUAGCGGAGGACUUCCGAUGACUCCUCAGGAGGCCACAAAAUACUACGGCCCGAGACUGACCGAAUUCGAGCGAGCUGAAAUCGAGAAGUACUCGGAAAUUUGGUAUUUAGGACUGGCUGCUUGCAAAAUCCACGGCGAGGAAGGCUCCUCCCAGAAUGGGGGCUACGACGACGACAAUGGCAGUUACAACAAAGUCCUGCACGAUCACAUUUCCUACAGAUACGAGAUCCUGGAGGUCAUUGGGAGAGGAAGUUUCGGCCAGGUGAUCCGCGCAUUGGACCACAAGACGGGGCAACACAUUGCCAUCAAGAUCAUCAGGAACAAGAAGAGGUUCCACCACCAGGCUCUGAUCGAGGUUAGGAUUCUGGACCACCUCAGGAAGAAGGACCUGGAGGCUAACUCGUCGCACAAUGUGAUACACAUGCUGGAGUACUUCUACUUCAGAAACCACCUGUGCAUCAGCUUCGAGCUCAUGAGCCUAAACCUGUACGAGCUGAUCAAGAAGAACAACUACCAAGGAUUCAGCCUGAGCCUGAUCCGGCGAUUCGCGAAUUCCCUCAUCAAUUGUCUGAGACUGCUGCACCGGGAGAACAUCAUCCACUGUGAUUUGAAGCCCGAAAACGUGCUCCUGAAGCAGCGGGGCAGCAGCUCCAUCAAGGUGAUCGACUUCGGGUCCUCCUGCUACAGUCAUCAGCGAGUCUAUCCCUACAUCCAGUCAAGGUUCUACAGGAGUCCGGAAGUGAUCCUUGGACUUCCCUAUGGGACGCCAAUAGACAUGUGGAGCUUGGGUUGCAUCUUAGCUGAGCUCUACACCGGGUAUCCUCUGUUCCCCGGCGAAAACGAAGUCGAACAGCUAGCCUGCGUCAUGGAGGUCCUGGGCUUGCCUCCGGAACAGCUGAUCAACCACGCAUCCCGUCGCAGGCUCUUCUUCGACUCAAAAGGGAACCCUCGCUGCGUGACCAACAGCAAGGGCAAAAAGAGGCGACCUGGUAGCAAGAAUCUCACGAUCGCUCUGCGGUGCAACGAUACCCUAUUCGUGGACUUUGUCAGCAGAUGUCUCGAGUGGGACGCGAAGAAACGCAUGACCCCUGACGAGGCGAUGCGCCACGAGUGGCUGAACUCGUCGUCGUCCCUCCACCUGAGUUCGUCCUCGGCGAUGACGUCCUCGGUGAUGGGGAAGGCGAUCUGCACGUCGAUGGAGCCCCCGCAGCCUGCACACGCGCAGACGGUGACGGUGAACGCGCCAAGACAGCGGGCCACGACGAUGGAGGACCCCCAGCAGCAGUACUCCCUCUUCAAGUCCUACCAGGGUUGGAAGGCCAUCUCUAAAAUCACGUGGCUCGACAACGUCGACGGAGGCGGCCUCGCGGUGAAGAGCAAGCUGAACGGAAGCGCGAGUAGCCACGCGUUGGCUAGCGGUGCCCAGCCUGCGGCCUCCAGGCACGCCUCCACCGGGGACAUCGUGGCCAGCCUGGACCCUAACCUCGACGACUCGGGCACCUUCCUGCCGCCUAUCUUGUGAAGCCGGGUCUGCGCCAGCCAUUUCUAAGAGCUUUCGCGCCUCCUCGGGUCCCUGGCUCCCCUUCGACGACGGCAACGGAGUUGCGGAGGUGAUUGACUCGGAGUGUCCAAUAGCACCCCUGUGUUUUUAUGGAGGGUGGAAGGAGGAAGGGGAUGUCCGGUGCACCUCUACAUCUUCAUCAAGGAUGCUGGACCUGAUGUUCAGGGGAUGUCUGAAUCCAAUUGUCCGAUUAGCACCGAUGUACCUUCAUCGGAGAUGAAAGAACGACCUAAAAGGGCGGACGCAUGAGUUGGGAGUGUUCGAUGGUGCCUAUCAGACACCGCAAUGCCUUCGUUAACGAUGCAAGAACUAUCUCGGCCGUCGCGAAGUCGAUCACCAGGGUAAAUUCUAUGACUUCGAGUUCUCUGGAACGAUCUGACAUUCGAAGGACCAGCAGUGCUUCCCGUGAAAUGGCCUGUCUGAAACCCAAUCUCAAUCAAGCCUAGGACUAACUAUGAACUAGGAGGUCGAUCAGACAUCAAGCUCCAGCUGGGCUUCGCUCUCGGCGAAAAUUACUCGCGCUAAUUAUUGGCAACAAAAAGAGAGUAUCAUCCAAGAUGAAGGAGGACUCGAGGAGUUGGGAUCCAAGGCCGAAUGCAGAAGUCGACGACGAUCCAAAGUCAAGCAGCUUUUCGAAAAGUCUGAAAACCUGGAAGAGUCUCCAGUGAUGCCCAAAAUCGGUCUCAGCUGUAGACUCAAGACUUGGUCUGUAAGCCGUGCAAGAGUAAGUCUGAAGCUGCAGGACCAAUUUUGGUCACCACUGAACCUCUGCCGACUUCAAGACUUGAAGUUGAAGAGGUUGAAUGGCUUGCUCUGGAGAUGUGCAGCCGGAACGUUGACGUUCAGCAACUGGCCUCGACAAUAAUGGACAACGACGAGGGCACUCUGCAGGUGAAAUUGGCAAGGCGCAACGGCACUAGGACCCUGAAGGACUGAAAACCACCCUGAAGGACCCGGAAUGAGUCCAGGAAGGACUCAACUAGCAAAAGAUGGAACUGGCUGGCGAAGGUAACAGUGUUGUAGCUGGUACGUGUCAGGACUGACGAGCAACUAUUGUUGCGAGUUUAGGAACAAGGUCGACGAAUGCGUAAUUAGGUAAGGGAGGAAUCGCGUUGAUGAGACGAUGUCCGAUGACGUAGGGGUAUUGGACACUUGGAAGACGACCAUCGUGCGAGGUGGAAAUUGAAGGCAGAAAUCGAAGAGGGAAACGCGAAACCCUCAAGACUAGUACUGAACCGCGUCGGGAUCUAUUCGCUCCUUUCGAUGCGGUCGUUAGUUGUUGAUGGGAAAAUGGGGUUUCUGGAGGUCUCCGAUUUCGAAUCGAUCACCGAAUCACGGCGUUUUAAGCUUGAGUCUGGGGUGGCAAAUCGUGGCGACGAUCAUCGGAUCGUCAUCCUAUCCGUUGGACCUGAGGAUAUCAAUCACGGUACAGAAACAGUGUUCGUUCGCGACCAUACUUAAAGGGAUGUUGAAGUGCCAUCUGAAGAGUCAGCUGUUCCUGAAACUUUUUUCUCCCAUUCUCCCAAUUGAAUGCACCGAAUCGUUUUAAAUUUUACAACGCGAAUGCAGAGUCUACGAGGAAGGUACUGACGCCCGUAAAAUUUCAUUUUUAACGAGGAAUUAAAAAAAAAAUAUUUAAACAAAUUUUUAAACGAUUCUAAUCUCAUGGGUGUCGGGAUCUUCCUUACAGGAUCCACAUUCACGUUGUGAAGUUUGAAGCGAUUUGGUUCACUCAAUUCGGAGAUGGGUUUCGUAAACGAGACCUUUGACGCCACUUUAACAUCCCCUUAACGUCCCGAAGGAACAUUGUUCCUCGACAUCCAUGGCGUCUUUUGUAACGAAAUAAGGGAGAAACUGAAAAAUCGAGAGGAAGGUCCCGGGGGAAGGGAAGAGGGAGCCCCAGUUUUCGCGAGGCCUGAGUAGUCUUAUUGUGAUAUUAAACUACCACUGUCUUACUUAGAUCUCCAGUAAUAAGAAGUAACGACUAAUGAUAAUUUUCAUUACUAUUAAUUAUUAUUUUUUUUCUUACUAUAUAUUCAUUAUCGCUACCGCUCUAUUGCUGUAUAUUACUGUUGCGUCAAUACGGUUGUAUUCGCUGCGUCGAUUUGCACCAGCGCUUAAAGGGGUAAUUCGAACUUUAUAAUAAGCGACUUAACGGGCGUUAAGUGUCUUCAAUUACUUUCUCGUUGUUACAUUUAAAUAUCUAAAGCGUCAGACGUGUAGGGCCGAGCUAGGGUUCAGCCUUAAUUUAAACGGGAAUUUCAUCGUCGCCGUUGUGGGUCGUCUCCGUUUUCUCGGCGUUAUCCGUCAACUCGUUAAGCGUCCUCGCGGUUGUUAUCGCCCUCGCGUUAUCACCGAAUUAUUACUGAUUUAGGCCAUUCACCUCGACACCCGUUCCUUUGGUGUCACCUUAAGGUCGGAUUUUUUCCUAGAUAACGGCGAUGUCGCCCUAUCCGUUAACACCCUGCCAAACCGAGAUUCUGCCGUUAACAACUGCCGAGUCCAUUUAAUCGUUGUGUUCGGUGUGAGUACUUCUCCCUAAACGGGUCUUCUUGUCAGACCAAGAAAAUCAAAUCGGAUGAACCUUUCUACUCCCCUCUCGUCCAUCGUCUGAAAAUCUAGACAGAUCUACACUGAAUGAAAACAAAGAAAAAAAAAACAUUCAUUUAACCAGAGAAAUAUUUUUUCGGUUCAAUGAAUGACUUUUUCUUUUCCUCGGGGUAUCAGAUUGCUGUGCAAUUCCAGCUCUCGACCUUCCGCAAUAUUUGCGUUGACAAUUGUCUCGUUUCUCCUCUCUUCGGGGUAUUUUCUUACGCGAGGCUUGCGUACCGGUUGUAGCCUAGAUUAUGGAAAUGAUGUCGCGGGUUAAAAAUUAAUCUCCACCUGGGAAGUCCCAUUUGCCGAAAGUGGGAUAAUCCUCCAAUCUGCGAGAUGACAUCCCAUUUUUCAUUUAAAUUUUCAAUUGCGUCAAGGCGCAGCGCAUUGUACAAGACUGAGAAGAUGUCGAUUAGGACAUCGGGAAAAAUGUUCCCAACGUGAGCCUCCUUCGCCGUAGAAAAUAUCGAUUUUCCGGAUUUUCCUGUAUUUUUUUUAAAGUAAAAAUCCCAGCCUCGCGGUCGAUUAUUUCAGGUGUUACGAAAGGGUCAUUUCGAUAUGUACCUAAAUGUCGAAAUAUUUCACGAAAUACUACUCUUCUCCAAAUGUAUAGAAUGACCCUUUAAUAACCCUUUAAUAUCUCGUUAGAUGAGGGAAACGCAUCGUAGAAGAAUUGUCGAGGCUUUCAAUCGUGUCUUCAACGUUUUCUUCUCGCCCUCGAUCCGAUGUAAUUGCAGCUUAAUCAAAUAAUUGUACAUUGACGAGCUUGAAAUUCGCAAUUCAUAAUCUGUAAUCAUAAUUCGUCAUUUUUAACCCUUAACGCGGCAAUACUCGAGGACUAAGGGUGUGACAUGAAAUAUGGACUUCUGCAUGCUCUCGUUUACACGCGCAAAUUAUUUAGCACUUAUACGUUAUACACAUAUUAAAUAUUAUACAGCGAAAUCUAAUUAGUAUCUUUCUUACGAGAUCCCGUUGACUCGUUUCGCUUAAAUUAACAUAUCCUUUUUGCAUCGCUAUUGAUGUCUACCGGGAGAGUCUUUUGACUUAGUUAAUUCCCUAAUCCAUGCAUGCCCAAGAAGGCGCUUAAGUGCAAAUUCAAGUUUAAUUUUAUCCUCGACCCCGUCGAAUUUUAUCGCUGUAAAAAAAUCGACGAUCGUUGUAAUAACCGAACGUUGGAAAAGCGAGAGAAAAUCGGUUCACGGCGAGAAGGGAAUGUCGAGAUUAAAAAGCGAAGGAAAAUCUCCGGUUUUAGUAAACGCGCCCGGGAAAUAAUUAGCGUAGAAAUUAAUCGUCAAAGCUGACGUUGCCGACGAAUCCGGGAAUUAAAAUCGGGAGGAUUUACCAGAGAAGGCCCUGUCGCUAUGCAAAUGCCGAAGUGAUCGGAAAUAGAUAAAAGAAAUGAGGAAAGAGAAAAGAGAGAGGAGGAAGGCCCUAUCACGAAGUCACCCCGCUCGAGGACCCCGAAAGCGCCGUAAACGCAAAUAUUAUCUAUCGUAAAGCAUUAAAGAAAGAUAAUGAAGCAUUAAUAUUAAGGUAUGCUCUGCGGGAUUGAUGUAUGAAAAUUCUGUUAUAGGAAGAGAAUGGAUGCGCAACGAUCGCGUAAUUGACGAUCCGCGAGACCGAGAGAGAACGGAGGUCGCGCAAGAGCAAGAUUUUGUCUCGUGUGUAAACGAUAUAAUUAUUAACGAGACCUACGGUUAAUAGUAAAGGAAAUGCAGUUAUACAGAUAGGGCCACUUUGUAAGGUAAUCGUAGCGUUAGUAAUCCACUUUACGGUAAGGCGGACGAUUGUACAGUUUUGCGUUUCUAGUUGGGUUCAAUUAUACGGCGGGAACAAAUACUGUGUAUACAGAGAGAUCCAGUAUAUCCACGGAUUACGUACACCUGCGUGUACAAGGCGAGUCAUUCGACAUCAUUCGGUUUUUCCACGAUCGAUAUAAUUUUUUUUCCAACCUAACGAACCGCAUACAGAUUCCCAAGUGUGUAUGUACUUGGCGCGGAACUCAGCCGAGUUCCAUUUUGUGGUAAUCUCUCUUUGUGUAGGGCGAAGAAUCGUUCGCAGAAUAGAAACCACGUGGAUAUCACUAGAAAGAUGCUCUUGCAGAGCGAUGAAAGAGGAACAAUGUCUAUUGACUCGCCCUGUACGUCUACAUAUUCGUUUACAUACGUGAAAGUGUCCUGUAUUUACGUGGGUGUAACGCGACUCGGUGGCGCCCUCUUGGAAAAAAAAGUUUCUUGUAACGAGCUGUAACGAUUAAACGGCGUAAAGCAUGUCUUAAUGGUACGAUCGAUCGUUGAGAGAAAAUUAAACGCCUAGUGGAGGGAUGCUUGAGGUAAAGAGACGCAGCGUGUGAUCUUGUCGGAGACGCAACCUCGCCUCUUGGGUCAGUCCUCUAUCAAGGGGAAGUACUGAUAUAAAAUAUACAGAUCAAAGUUCUGACUAUUUUCUUCGAUCAGGAUUAACUCCCAUGAAAAGGGAAAAGCGUUUUCCUCACAAGAAAAAAAUUUUUCCUUUUUUUUUUUAGAAAUUCUCACGAGGUCGCUUCCGAGCCGAGAGUGGAAAGUAUAGUUAAUAGCGCUAAUCUAGGCAGUGUGUGUGUAAACUAAUGGGAAAAAAAUCGCGGUUAAAGGGCGAAUCGACUAAAGGGAAAAGCCCUAACGAUCCAAGUUUCAUUGCCAAAAUUCGCCCCUUUUUCCAGAAGACGAAGUUCUCUCUCUCUCUGCCUCUCCCUCUAUCCCCAGAGUUAAGCUAGCAUAGUAGGACAAUCAUCCGCGCUUUAGCGUCAAUUUGUUAGUUAAGUUACGUAGUUAAGAUAACCCUUUAGACGAAUGAGGAAGCGCUAGUUAGGCGGAGGAAAGAGAAACGGAAAGGACACCACCGGAGUUCGGUGUUCAUUGUGUCGGGCGAGACUCAAAAAUUGAAAACAAAUUUUGAGCAUUCCCAAAAUGGACCGAACUCGACGGCGUUUCUUUCCCUCUUGUUCUUCUUCGCGUCGGAGAGCAUGUUUCGCCAUCCGAAGUCGACGUCUUCUAGACGCGACUUUUCAUCUAGCCUCCUUAUCGCCGAUGGCCGGUAGCACCGGUGAUAAGGAUAUCGAUAUAAUUGUAUCUUGCGAGGAGCACGUUGACAGCUGUCAAAAGUCAGGAUGUAGCGUCGUUUUCACUCGGAAUGAUCGGGAUUACCGAUCAUCCUGAUCGUGGUUCGAUCGAGCGCAAUAAAUUCGUCCUCUCGCCUCCUGCAAACUGUCAAUGAUUAGACGCUAGAUAAGGAUCGAGGGAUCCAGAGAUUAACGAAGUGACCAAUUUGUACUUUUUACCCCGAAACCCGAGGCAUUUCUUCCGAGAGAAAUAUGUAAUAAAUCCCAUACUUCUAAUCUCUUCGAUUAAGGGGGAUCCUAAUUGUUUGUCAUAUUUUUGAGAUGAAGGAUUUGUCCGAAAUUUUCAUUAGUAUAUUAACCAGAGAUGAAGAAAUUUAAUCCGUUGCGUCUCUUCGUGUUUUCUUCUCAAAUCUUCGACGAGCUUUUCGGAGUAAUUCCGAAAUAUUGCAUGAAAUUAAGAAAUAAAAUUGUAAGCUCGAGUGGCAAAGUCCAUUUUGAAACCCCCUUAAUUUAAACGGAUAUGAAAUUAUUAAGGUCUGCCUCGAAGGUCCCUCUUUUGUCUAAACGUGCGUUGAGAUCGCAAGGCCGAAUAAUCGAGGAUUUAAGUGCAAGUUGCAUAUUGUGAUUCGUAACUUAACAUUUUAACUCCCCGGGAGAGGUUCACGAGGUGUGUAAUCGCGAAGCCCGUGCAUCCCGACUUAAGCAUAACUACACACCAGCGGAGAAUUGAUAACGAUAGUGUUAAUGAUAACGACUUAGCGUAAUGAUAUCCGGUACCGAUGCAUCAUCAUCUUUUGUAUCAUUUGUUCGUUUGUUUUUAUCUUACUGCGUUUGUCUUUCAUUGUCGAUGUAAUAUCAAGAUGACUCGGAUUUGACGAUAUCUUGUGUGUAAAUAUACCAAUAAAUGAUACGGAUAUGA